UCUGCUUUUCGUAUCUAGCGAGUACGGUUUUUAAUCGAUUAGUGCGAGCUCGCGUUCAAAAAAUGCCGCGUAAAAGAGAUUCGGAAAAAAGUGUCAAAAAGCGGGAAUUAAGUGAUAUUUUGGAGGAAUUAGACGGGAUGAGGAAAAGAUUGAAAGAGGCUCUCUCCUCACCUACCCCAAGUUCUUCUGGAGAGGAGGAAGAAAUAGUGUUUGUUAACGUGGGUGACACUAAGACAGAAGAUAAUACCGAUUUUAACAUGAACGACAACGCAGAUGAUGAACCACCUACCUACCUCGAGGAGGAAAAUGGUGAUCCUAUUUUGGAGGAUGAAUUUAAGCCGUUGGGAGCCAAACCUCCUAUGGAUGAUGCAAAACUGGGUGCUGAAUUACAUAACGAAAUAGUAAUAAGAUGGCAGUCAUAUUUAGUAAAAGGAGUAAGCUUAGAAGAACGUAAGAAAAUUAUUGAAAAGUACGAUUUACCGGCAAACUGUCAGCAAUUACUACCUCCAAAAGUCAAUGAAGAAAUUUUGGCCUGCCUUCCUGAUACAACAAACAAACAUGACAGGCUCCUAAAAUCCCUACAAUAUCAGUUGGGGCAUGGAUUAAGUGCAAUAGGAAAAGUAAUGGACCUGUUAUUAAAAGAGAAAAAUACAGAAAACCUGACUUGUUUAGCAGAUGGUGCACAACUUUUCGCAAACGUACAUAAUGCCAUUUCGGUGUUACGCAAACAAAAGAUUGCACCAUUUUUAAAUUCUGAGGCACAAGCCGUGGCCCUAUCCUCUUCCAUUGAUGAUAAACUGUUUGGUUCCAAUUUUGAAGAAACUCUAAAAGCUAAACAAAACUUAAAGAAAGCAUCUAUUGAGAUCAAAAAGAAACAAUUCUCAGGUCCACUUGCUCCCAAAGCCUCAACAUCGGGCCUCUCGACCUUUAACCUACCCAAACCUAUUCAAACAACUACCAGACGCUUCCAAACAAAUACAAAUUCAAUGAAUUUAAACUACCAGCGCGGAGUAUUCAGAUCCAGGAUGAAAGGGAGGGGAACACGUAUGGCAACAACGAGAAGACCGUACCAGACCAACCCUUACCGCAAAAACUAAACUUGACAACAGCAUCCGCUAUGCAAGGAGAUUUCCCUGGUGGCAGGGAAGUUAUACGGAGGGCUCUUAUGAAAAGAAGCGUUUCCGAAGCGGCUAUCCCGAUCAUGAUUUCCUCAAUUAGCGAGGGGACUCUUAAACAAUACUCUACCUGUU